UCUUUCCCUCUGAACUUGUGAUGAGUUGAAGAUAAAGCGAGAUGAAUUGUCCGUGGCAAUAAUGACCUAAUCCUUCUUGACACAGUCUGACUUUUUCUUCACAAGAAUAGCUUUUGGGUCUAGGACAAAACACGGUCACACUCCAACACAGGAUUCUUGAACAUAUACACGUCCAGGAAACAGCUUUGUUUAGCACUGGCUAGUUAGCUGAACUUUGUUUCGUGACAGACAUUAAUAACAACUUUCUAGUGCUUGUAAAAUAUUAGAAAAUUGUUAUCUUUUUAAAAUAGCAUUUGUCUUUUUUUCUUUGUGUUUCAAGAAAAAGAUUCCACUUGUGCAAGUAAAAAGGGGAAACAAUGGAUGAGUUUAGACUUUGUACGACAACUUUGGUCCUUGGUUUUUUGUUGCAUGUAUCAAACUCUGCACCGCAAGGUUACUAUGGGCCACCACAGCCACCAUACCUUCCACAGCCACAGUAUCCUCCACAGUCGCCAUUUUUACCUCCGCCAAACUUUCCUCGCCCUCCACCAAACAAUUUCUUAUACCCUCCUCCACCAAUGUCCAUGACAGAUUUAAGGGUGCAACUCGCCAACUCGGGCGGUCCCUUACCUCCCCUGCCUCCCGUUGGCCCGCAUGACAUUGGCAAGCCCAUGCCGCUGGAAGCCGCCGCGGCAAUGCACGCUCCAGCGUCAUCGUACGGCAACACUCAAGUGGAACAUGAGAUGGAACAAGGCGCUGGAGAUCCCUAUGGCUCACCUCAAUCAUCUUUACUGGAUUCCUACUACAACGGUCGCCCCAGUGGUGGUAGCGGUGGCGCCAACGACGUCAUGGGAGGCUUGGUUGGAGCUUACGUUAUGAAGGAAUACAUUUUCUAAA